ACUAAUAAAUUCCAUUUGCAAGCUAAAAAGAGAAAAAAUAAAAAAUAUCUUUGAUCGCAGCCAGCGAGUGGAAAACCUGACCGAAAAUCAUGUGUCACCGGUGCCAACCGACAACGCCGAGGGAUUAACUGAGUUGGUUUACUCGCGUCCAGUCCAAUCGGCAUAAGGCUCCAGUGCACUUCGAAAUCCGAGACUUCCGAGUGGCGAUCCAAAGAAACCGCAGAGUCGGAACUCUUUUUCGUUUAUUUGCAUCACGGCGCGGCGGGAUCAGGGGACAUCCCGUCCGGCUGCGAUGGCCAUGCACUCGUACAUGCGCCAGGGAUCGGGAUCCGGCGGAGGAGCAGGCACAGUGGCAGCUGGAGCACCGCCACUGGCCAGUCCGGACGAGAUGCACGGCUUUCUGAAGGAUAAGCAGGCGUGGGAGCACGCUAUCGCCCUGUAUCAGGGUCCGGAUCCCCUCGACCACUGGUACAACUACAUCUGCUGGUACGAGAACCAUGCGCACAGCGAUCCGGAGCUAAAGUUCCGAGAGACGCUGGAGCGUUGCCUCACGGUCUACGAGCACAACGACUACUAUCGCCAGGAUGUGCGACUCGUUCGGCUGUGGCUCAAGUACAUUGCCAUGCAGACGGAUCCGCUGCACUACUACCAAGUGCUCUUCCAGCGAGGAACCGGUCGCCAAGUGGCCGCGUUCUACAUUGGCUGGGCUGCCUACUACGAGUCACGCGAGGAUUUCAAGGACGCCGAGGCGGUCUUCAACUUGGCCUUCCAGGAGAAGGCGCAGAGCAGCUCAGAGCUGCAGCACGCCCACACAAAGUUCACCUAUGCCAGGUCGCUCUACCACCAGCGACAGCAGCAACAGCAGCAGCAGCAACAACAGCAGCAGCAUGCCCAGCCGGAUCCACUGCAGCAACUGACGAACUAUACACAGCAGCAGAUGCCGCAGAGCUAUCCACAACAACACCGUCCCCAGCCAUAUCAGCAGAAUGCCUACCAGCAAUAUCAUCCGCAGGCGCAGCAACAUCCAGCCAACCAACAGCAUCAGCCUGCGCCACAGGCACAUCCGCCGCAGGAGCAACAGCAGCCGUAUCAGGCGCACUACCAGGAGCAGCCACGCUAUGGGCCACAUCAUGCGACUCAACCGGCAGCAGCUGCAGCACCACCAGCCCAACCAGUCCAGCAGCAACCGCAAUAUGCGCCAGUUGAGCCACAAUACGCACCAGCACAGCAGCCACAGAUGCCGGCACAACAGCCUGCAGCAGCAGUGAAUCAACAAGUGCAGCAACACAAUGGCAGUGGCAAUGGCAAUGCAGCCCCCCAAACGAAUACCCCUCCCGUGACAAGCGAAGUGGCUGGCCUGCGUUUGCCGCGCAAUUUCCACGCUUACGGGCGCAACAACCACGAGACCUGGAAGCCAGCGCUGACGCUCGAAGAGCCCGACGAUCCGUCGCGGGUGUGCCACUAUGCCAAGCAGCUGGUCUAUCCGCCCGGAGCAGGCAUCGAGUACAGUCCCGAGGAGAUACUAGCCCGCAAAUUCAAGAAGUUGAUGGAGCAGAAGACCAAGCCAGCGGAGCCGGCACAGCAGCCAGAGCAAACUCUUUAUGAUUCCUACGAAUCGCAGACAUCCUACUACAUGACUGCUGUGGAUGGAGCGCUUUACGGGCAGAACAACAGCGGUGGUCAGGAGAAUACGGGCGAGGAGGACGAGGACAAUGAGGCUGAGGAUGGCGAGGAGGAGGAGGAAGCAGGCGUGGACAAUGAGGACGAGGAAUCCGAUGAGGAGGAGGACGACGACGAAGAGGAGGAGGAUGAGGAGCAGAACGAAUCCUACGCCAAUGGCGUGCAGUUCAGUGCGCAGACCACUUUCGAGCAGGAGAACCGCUCGAUUAAAAUCAAGUUCAGGAAGGAGCCCAGCAGCACCUACAGUGCCUACACCAUCGAGAAUGUCUACCAGCAGCAGCAACACCACCAGCAGCAACAGCAGCAUCAUCAUCAUCAGAUAAUCCAGCAGCAGCAGCAGCCGCCGCAAGCAGCUCUUCAUCCUCAGCCAGAGCCUGCGCCCGCUUCUCCGAAUCCCAUCCAGCGUCAGCGAAACGGCAGCCACCACCACUUCCAUCCCUACAUGCUGGGCCAGACGUCGACGCCGAAGAGCGAGGCGAACGGCUACCGAAGGGCGCGCACCAAAGUCAAACGCAGCAAGUUCCAGCCGGAUCUCUGCAGCAACAGCAACUCGGCAUCCUCGGCGGCCGAUGUGGUCACAGCCAGUUCGAGUAGUGUGGCGUCUGGAGCACCGGGAGCGUACAAUGACAAUGCCAACUUCUCGUUCUCCAGCGCCACCGCUUUGGAUAAUUCCAAUAGCUCGCUGGCCUUGGAAGUGGGCAGACUCAACUUCCGCGACACUUCGCAACAGCAUAUCCUCCAUCCGGUCAACAAGACCCUACAAACGCACAACAACAACAACAGCACCAGCAACAAUAACAAUGGCAACAGCACACUGGCCGACUUCUCCACGUUCCAGGAGAACUCGUACUUUGCCACCCAGCACGACACGGAGGCUCAGGAACGGCGGCUCUCGAAGGCCGUGGAAACGAUCGCGCGCCACUUGGCCAAGGAGGCCAUCGAUCCGUUCAACAGCGAGCUGUGCCGAGCCUUCCUCGCCAAGCUGGACUUCCCGGGCGAUCACGAUGCCCAUGCCAGCUACAAAAUCGUGCAAACGCCACUGCCAAAAAUAUCCAACACUCGCACACUGAACGUCCUCGAGGGCGUUACCUUUAACAUUGACAAGGAGGUGGGCCGCGGAUCCUACGGCUCCGUGUACAAAGCCACUGACUCGCGCACCGGCAAUGUGGUGGCGCUCAAAUACCAGAAGCCCCCAAACACCUGGGAGAUUUAUAUAUGUGAUCAGGUGCUUAAACGCAUCAAGGAGCCGGAGGUGUUGCCCGGCUUGAUGGACAUUUCCACGGCGAUCAUCGCCCCGAAUGCCAGCCUCAUAGCCACCGAGUUCUCGCCAUUUGGCUCGCUGCUGGACAUCAACAACAAGAUACGGCAGGCCACCACGAAAGUGAUGCACGAGUCGCUGGUGAUGCACUUCUCGGCGCAGAUCUGCAACAUCGUGGACCACCUGCACCGCCAGCACAUCAUCCACGCGGACAUCAAGCCGGACAACUUCCUGCUAAUGCGGGUGCCCAAUGUGGACAGUGCGCUGCCGUCCCUGCGUCUGAUUGACUUUGGCUGUGCUAUCGAUAUGACGCUCUUUCCGGACGCGGAGCGCACCAAGUUUAGAAAGGUGGUGCAAACGGAUGGCUUCACCUGCAUCGAGAUGCAGGAGGGACGCAGCUGGUCCUACGAAACCGAUCUCUUCUGCAUCGCGGCCACGGUGCACGUCAUGCUAUUCGGCGACUACAUGCAGCCGCAGAAGAAGGGUUCGAGCUGGGAGAUCCGACAGAAGCUGCCGCGCUACCUCAAGAAGCAUGUGUGGACCAAGUUCUUUGGCGAGCUGCUCAACAUGCAGGCGGACAAGCUGCCCGAGCUGCAGGAGAUGCGGCUGAUCUUCGAGGAGGAGGCCUACCGCAUGGACUCCGAACUCCAGAAGCAGAUACGCACCCUAUCCAACAUCCUGCAUCGACGAUAACCAACCUAUUCCUAUUACUUUUUAUUACGUAUUUUUAAUCGCUCUGUUGACCAAGUCACCCGAUAGUUUGUUUAUCUUUUUAACCUAGCACCAUUUCCACUCUACUAAAAACAAAUCUGCGCCAGGAAAAUUCCCUCUUUGGUUGAGUUUAUUUGCCUCUUCUGGCCACAAAGAAACUUUCUACUUUAGGUUAGUUCUCCGACAAGCAAAACCUCUUGCUUUACCUAAAUAUUUAAUCCUUCUGUACUUUAUUUAUUGUUUCGAUGCCAAAAAAGAAAACUGAACAGGAAAGCGGAGGAGCAUAUAGUACGCUACUAAAUUCAAAAUCUUUGUAAAUAUUAGACGACAGACUCGAUCGAAAUGAAAAUUGGCGAAUUGAGUUUGUGGAACAAGACCUGGAUUUAAAAUGUAAUUUUUUGUGUACAGCAAAGAACAACAGUAUGUGGAAGGCAAUGUAAAAAUGAAAGGUACAUAAGUUUAAGAUUAAAUCCUGCUGUACUAUUGAGUAAUAUAAUAACAAAAAGAAACAAAACUUUAAAUGAUAGUGAAUAAACUGACGAAAUGUUGAACGCAAAAGC